AUGGACGUCCACUGCGACUGUGCCGAGCCCACCUCGGUGGGUGAGCAGCCUCCGCCAUCGCAAGACAAGACCCACGACGGACUGGCCGAGGUGGUGCUGGAGAGCGGCAAGAAGGAGGAACCGGGCGGCGGCGGCAGGGACGACCCGUUAGGUGGCGGCGGCGAGAGCGUUGGGGCCAAGGAUGCCUCCUCCUCCUCCUCCUGCGCCUCCUCAGCCGCCGCGGUGGAACGGAAGACCCACGACGGACUGGCCGAGGUGGUGCUGGAGAGCGGCAAGAAGGAGGAACCGGGCGGCGGCGGCAGGGACGACCCGUUAGGUGGCGGCGGCGAGAGCGUUGGGGCCAAGGAUGCCUCCUCCUCCUCCUCCUGCGCCUCCUCAGCCGCCGCGGUGGGCAAGUCGCACAGCUUCUUCUCCCUUUUGCGGAAGAACGGCCGCUCAGGCGAAGGGGGCAAAGGCGAAAGACCCAAGGGGCGCGGGGGGCUCAAGGGUCUCUUCAGCAGCAUGAGGUGGCACCGGAGGGACAAGCCCGCCGGCGACGGUGGCGGCGGCGGCGGGGCGAAGGAAGAUGAUGCUGGCGAGAGCCCUGAGAGCCAGCCCAGCCGCCUCAUGCCAGGCUCCCUCACGGCCAGCUUGGAGUGUAUCAAAGAGAAGGCACCACGACCACCCCCAGCCGAAGCCCCUCAGAGCCUCCUGGGAUCUUCCAGUGUUGGAGACCAGCUGUUGGCCCCCCAGGAGCCGCUGACCAGCCUAGAGAAGCAGGACACGGAUGGCCAGGAGCUGCAACCCACCACACCUUGUACUCCCUUGGGAGAAGAGCUUCCUAGGGUCCAGCCUCUGGCGAAGGAGAGCCACCCUGAGCUAUCCAAGGACGGUGAUGGCCAAAAGACCAAGGAGGACACAGCCAUAACAGGUGACAUCCCCAUCGAGCCUCCCCCCCCUGUUGAACCUGAGUGUGAACGCGGCCACGAGACGGCAGCAGCCCCUGACCCUUCCUCUCUUGAUCCACCCUCUGAGCCAUCCAUUGACCGUAUUUGUUUGAUGUUUGCUGACGUGACUUCACUGAAAAGCUUUGACUCUCUUACAGGCUGUGGGGACAUUAUUGCUGACCAGGAGGAUGACGUGGGCGGCAGCGGCGGUGGCGGUGGUGCAGGUGGAAGUGACAAGAGUGCUCCUGGCCUCAACAAGGUGGGAGCUUCCAAAAAGCCUCCCAGCGUGGUGACUUACCAAGGAGGAGGAGAGGAAAUGGCCAGCCCCGAGCAAGUGGGGGAUACAUGCACCCCAGAAUUCUGGGACAUGUUGUCACAAACAGAGGAAAAGUCACAGGAUACACCUGGAGGGAAGGACUCUCCUAAGGCCUCCAAAGAUGGCAGCUUUGCCAAAAGGAAACAAAACGGGUCAACAACCGGGCAGCAUGCUGGGGUCAGUCCGAUUCCAUCUCAUCACAACCACAAGGAAGAACAGAAAAGUAGAGAAAAAGAACAACAGGAAGCCAUCCCUAGCAGUGAUGAGGGCUACUGGGAUUCCACCACACCUGGCCCUGAGGAGGACAAUACCAACAGUAUCCAGAAAGAGGUAAUUCCCAGGGACAGCUACAGUGGGGAUGCUCUCUACGAUCUGUAUGCUGAGCCAGAUGAAAACACAGCCACUGUGUCUUCUGUAGAAGAUGUCACCUCUGUGACUUGUAGCAAGCCAGUGUCUCCAGUAACUACCACAUGUCCAGUCAAAACACAUACAACUUCACUCAAGGACUCCAAAAUACCCAUCAGUAUCAAGCAUUUUACAUCACCGCCUGGCAGCCAUGGCCCGGAUACCAGUAACAGCCAUCACAUCAUACACCAUCAGCCUACCAAAAUUGAGGUCCCCAGAACGAAAAUCCCAGUUUCUAAAGUCCUUGUACAUCGGGCCAGUUACCGAAGCUUAGCAGGGACAACAGGUAAAAUAGCCACAUAUCAUGAAAGUGCCAAAAAAUAGAAAAUGACAGAAAUGGGUGACCAGUCUUCACAGGAACCAACUUAUAAGCCCUUUGGCAUCAUCUAAAGGAAGAUACCUAUUUGUGGUCCUUCUACAAAUGCAAGGAACAUGGGCUUCUGAAUUCCAUCUUCUUAUAUACAGCAUAUAUGUAAAGUUAAGUUCUUUUUGAGCACUUUUAAAAUGUUUGUACCUGUUUUUCUGAAGCACUAAACUACUCGGGAGACCAAUUUUUCAUGCCUUUUCUGGAAGCAGGACUUGGAUAAGGAAUAUAAUCAAUAAUGCAAACUUGUGCCAUGCGUUUUUCAAAGAGGAUGAAACUAUGGGAAAGAGAGGACCAAAAUAAGUUUGCCAGUAUAUUAUGAUGGCAUUUGGGUUGUUUUGUUUUGUUUUGUUUUAAAUGUUUUGGCCUAUACUGAGAGAGGAUGCCUGUUCUAAUAUUACAGGAAAGUGUCCAGCAAAAUAAUAAUAAUAAUAGUAAGAGCAACAAAGACAAAAAGCAGGUGUUUAACCUGAGGUAUAGAGUUCACUGUCAAUGAGCAACAGAUUCUACUCACUUGUGAAAGAUAGCUGAUGAAAUAAGCUAGAUGUAUGUCUGUAAUAAGAAGACAUAAUUUUGUCUGUCUUGUUUGCUUUUGAUCCAUCCCAAUCUAACUGGAUAAGGAAGACAUCUAAUGAACUCUCAGAUGUUUACACCAAUAUUUUUCUGGUGCAUAAAAUAAUCAGGUUUAAGGGAAUAAUUUUCCUAAAUGCCAAUAUAGAGACAACUACAGCAUUUAUACACACUUGUUCUUUAUGUAUAAAUAGAUGCAUAUGUUACCCUUAGUGCUACUGUUUUUUAAAUUAAAAUGUCUUUCUGUAUUUCCUAGAGUUGAAGCAAAAUUAGUUUUUAUAGCUUGAUAAUUUUACAAUUCUAAAUGUAUGGACUUUCUUAAAAGUACAGUAAACUAGAGCAAAAAAAUUUAUGGGCUCUAAUACCCAGGAUAAACAACUCUAUUGUGUUAAUUGUACAAGAGUGAUGGAUGCAAAAUACUGAAGCCAAGGUUCUAAUGACCUUUUGUUUUCCAAGCCCCCUGUUUUCAGGAGUUUCUAAAACAGAACUUCGGUUCAGUUUCUUGCAGAGUUACAGCCUAAGGCUGCAAACCCAUUAAAUAAAUAUAUAUAUUUUCAAGAUAUAAUAUGUUUAGUUUUGGCUAUUGAAGAAGUUUAGUUUUUCCCCCCAAUGUAGGCUUUAAAAUUAUUUUGCUGUAAUAAAAAGAGGAAGACUGGUAAACUGUUAGGCCAUUAAAUAGUUUUAUCACUGUGGACGCAACAUACACAUUAUUGGCCACUGAAUAUAAGGAGUGCUACUGAAAUGUGAUUACUGUAUUGACAUCUUUUCAGUGAAGCAGCAUCACAUUAUGUGCCUAAAGAUCCAUUUCCAAGAUAGGUUGAAAAAGCCUCAUUGAGGCCUAAUGGAACAACAGUGCUUUAAAAUAAAUAUAAAGAGAACAACAGUGAGGAUCUAUUUCAGAGCAUUUGGGAAAUACUGCAUAUUUUUGGAAAAAAAUAAAAUUUGUUUUUAAAAACCAUAUAUACAGUAUAUUAUAUGACCUAGAAAAUAUUCAACUUAGUUACUUACACAAGUUAAUGAUAUUUCACUUAGUCAAGAGUUUGUCUAAUCUCAUUAUAUUUUACACUAGGUAAAUACAAGUAUACAAAAUAUACAGAUGAAUAAGAGUAUUAAGGCUGCAUGUUAAUGAAGAAAAGGUAGAAAAUAUGUUGUCUGUAAUUGUGUCCACAGGUAAAUUUCUUACAUCCCCAUUGCUUUAGAUGGCAUUUUGACAGGUUAUGUACGAAAUUGUGGGGUGGGGGAACCAAGAAGCAGGCUGUUUAUUUUUUAAAAAAUGCCAAAAGAGCUAUGGUACUUUAAGCAUUCUCAAGAGUCUGCAACAUGGGAUUAUUCCCUCCUCUGCUUCCUUUUUGUUAUGAACAGCUGAUUCUUGAUCACCACCACCAGUGGUGCCAUUUGGUUUUAGGAUACUUUCUUAUGAGGAGUAAGAAGUACUACCAGCAUUAUACCAUUCAGGCAUAAGGUCCUAGAAAAGCGAAGAAGCCUUCAGAAUAACGAUGGUUGCCAUUCAAAACAAUCAUGUUCUAAAAAAAUUUUUUUAGAUUGGUCCAAGUUGUCUGAAGUUGAUUUCAGACUUACUUUUCAAAAAUAAGCCAAAUGGCAGUUCCCAUGACACGUAGUGGGGGGGAAAGGCCAUGCUUUUGGAGGCAGCAGGUUCAAAAACUAUUAGAAUAUGACUCCUCAAAAUAAAAGAAAACUAACAUUGAACGUAUCCCUUCCAAGAGUCUAAGAUCUAAGUCCUAAAUGUAUCUUUGCAUCCUAGUCAGUCAUUUAUCUUGCCUGCAAUCAUGCAGAUACUAGGCUAUGAUACUCCAGUUGUUUAUCCUGGAGAAAAAUGGAACACUGCUUUUCAUAAUUUUUAGUUUACAUGCAACAAGGAAAAGUUGGGUCAUGUCUUCCAUUAUCCCUGAGGAGGGAAACAAAAAUUAAAUCUUAGCCAUUCACCCUAUGUUUACUUUGUUGCUCUGUUUAGAGCUUGAAAGCUAAGUUCUAAACAUCUUUCAUUGGCAAUAAAUUCUGUUAAUGGUCUCCCAAGUAAAAUAUAUAUUUAGAAUAUAGAGUGCUACUUAACCCACCCAGGUGAUUUAUGCUGUCUCAGAAUGUAUUUGUGAGUGGUUGCGGGUGCACUCAGUCACACAUACAGAAUGUACAUAUGCAUGUGUAUUCCUAUGGACACAUGAACUCUACAUGCACAGAUGUUCGUAAUAUGAUGAAAGGCACAUACACUUCUAUCCACAGACUAACAGACCAUAGAUACAUAGAGUAAAUAUGGUCAAAUCAUUUGGACAGGCAUUUAUCUUUGCCAUUUGUCCUGAUUUGGCUUGUUUUGUUGGUUUUUCUUAAAAAGGAGUAGAUGAUUGGCUUACCCUUGUGCAGUCCUACUGAUUGAGAGCUCUGAGACUACACUAGAUAAAUGAUCUUCUUGUAGCUGCAGUAUUCUGGAAGGAAAUAAUGUAGAGGGCAAAUAAUGAGUUUAAUCCUAGUCAUCUACUGUGCAUUUUCUGUUUUCCAUUAUGCUCUCUAUUUGCAUGCUAUUUAUGCAGAAUUAUCAAAGUAUUGCUUGUUUUCUUUCAAAGGAGCAACUGUGUAAAGAAUAGUGAAGGGAGCAGUUAUGUUGGGCUGAAAAGAGCAUGUUGUGAUAUGCAGGAAGAAUGAAGUACAGCUCAAAAUAAUGGUACAACAUUGAAAGUACACUUCAUCAUUUGAGACUCCUUAUUUAUCUUACAGUUUUCCACCAUAUCUCUUUUGCUUAUCUAUAGCUUGUAUGUAUGAAGAAGCACUAGAGAUAACCAUAUAUAAAUUUUCCUCCCCAUUUAUGAUACAAGCUUGCCUUUUAAACUUUUCUUUUUAAAAUUGCCUCAUUUUUUAUUUGUCAGCUUUUUAUUAAUUCUGUUUCAAACUCUCAAAAAUGCAGUCCAAGGCAUUAUAUACAUUGCCAUUUUUCCAGUGAUCAGAGUAACAUUAACUGCUAUCAAUAUCUUAAUUAGCUCUUAGCAACAGUAAUAACAAAUGCUUUCCAUGAGGUGGUGUUCCCAUGAUCAAAAACAUACUCAUCUUUCUUUCUUUAUUGUAUCAGAACAUUCCAUGAUUUAAAAUUAUAGAUGUAUUUGAAAUACAGCUAAACAUUAAGAACAAAUUAAAAUUGUAAAAUAAUUACACUAUUUUUGACCCAAAGUGGGCUAUUUCAAUAGCGUUAUCUUGGUCAUUUACUAGAUCUUCUUUCAUACACAUGGUGGGGCACAAAUUGCAUACACAUAAAUGCUGCAUUGAUUGAAUUUCUCCACAGCCACAGAAUAUUUGCCAUGUAUCCAAGUAGCCCCAUUUUUGUUUUAUUAGUCUUUGAUCUAGUCACAGUUUUGUCCUGGUGAGAGAAACUCUUCAGCAACGUUCCCUCUAAGCCAGUG